AUGCCCGAGAAGCAAGCAGAGGCAGAACCAGCCCAAGAACCCCGCCGCUCCUCCUGGCAAUCCCGCGCCCAACCACACUGGCCCGUCCCAGCCCUCACAAACGUAGUAGCGACCGCGAACCUAACCUGCCGCAUCAACCUCGACACCGUCGCCCAACACGCCCGCAACGUCGAGUUCAACCGGCGCAAAUUCCACGCGGUAAUCAUGCGCAUCCGCGAACCGCACUCCACCACGUUAAUCUUUGCCUCUGGCAAGGUCGUCAUCACGGGGGCCAAGUCCCGGGAUUUGGCUCGGUUGGCUGGGCGGAGGCAUGCGCGCGCGAUACAGAAGUGCGGGUUUCCGGGUGUCAAGUUUACGGAGUUCAAGGUGCAGAAUUAUGUGGCGUCGGCGGAUUGUCGGUUUUUGGUACGACUAGAAAGGCUGGCGUAUUUGUAUCGGCAGUCGGCGAGUUAUGAGCCGGAGUUGUUUCCCGGGUUGGUGUAUACUAUGGUGAGGCCGAGGUUGAAGUGUUUGGUGUUUAGUACGGGGAAGGUGGUGUUGACCGGGGCGAAGGAGGAGGAGCAUGUUUUUGAGGCGUUUGUGAAUUUGUAUCCGAUGUUGUUGGAGGCGAAGGUUGUGGGGAGUGAGAGGGCGGAGGAUGCGCCGCCGAAGAAGAGGAGGAGGAAGGCUAAGGAGGAUAAGGGGAAGGGGAAGGAAGGGGGGAAAGGGAAGAGGAAGAGGGCGGAUGACGAUGAGGGUGAGUAG